AUGAGUCGACGGCUGAUCGGAUGGGCUCUGGUGGUGGGCUUUGGUGUAUUGAACGGCUAUGUGACUUUCCGGCCUGCCUUCGAGCAACGUGCUCUGGAGAAGCUGAAAGAAGAGGAACUCGCUGCUGCAGACCUCGGCCCAAAUCUGAUCGAAAUUCCACCGCAAACAACAAAACCGCUCAAAGGAUCUGCGAAUGACGACGCCAACGCUCGCCAGGCUGGUUGA